ACUUGAUAAAAGGCUUUUGAUCUAAUUUAUAUUUGUAAUCCAAUCAAUCAAUCCGUUCUGAUCCGUUCUGAUCAAUCCGAAAAUUCGGUGGACUUUGAGAGACAAGUACUUUAUCAAGUAGUGUUAAUAACGAAAUUUGAACAUAAAAUGCAUUCAGUUAUUCAAAUCUAAAUCAGAAUGAAUAGGCAAGUUUCACUCGCAAUCGUGUGUGAAUACAAAGUGUAGACAGGGAAAAAUUAUAUUCUCCGGUUUGAGAUCGAGUUUAUAAAAACAUUUUCUGAUUAAAAAAAAUUGGAUUAAGCUUCAUUUUUGUCAAAGUUUGGAGGAGCAGUCUGAUGUGUUGCAUUGUGUCUGGUGCGGGUAGGCAAAUAAGGGAGAAAGUGUUCCACAUUUGCGGAGGCCUGCUUAACUCGUCCAAGUCAUGGCAUCUACACGCCGGGACGAGAAAGGACAUUUGUUGUGCUGGGGACAUGGAUGGCAGUGGCAGGACUGCGUGGGAGUUGGAAAUCCUAACGCCGACUGGGGCAACGUGACUUUGCAACACCUCACCAAGAAAAGGAUUUUGCUGACAUGGCAUGCAAAUCAACACAGACAAAAACCUUCUGGCCAUAGACUUGUGGACUUGACAAAACCGAGUGUAGGUCGACCAGCGAUCGAUAUUAUCACUGAUUUUAAACCUGAAGUUUCAGCGCAAAUACCAUUUAAAGUCCAAGAUGAAAACGUGCAAUAUGGAAGUGGAGAACGUGACACAAGAUUCAGACGCUUGAUGAAUAUGACUUCAUCUGGACCAGCGAUGCAGCCAAAGUACGUGGCAGCACGUGUACCAAGUGGCACCAGUCUCAUCAUCGAAGACGUGGCACCAGACCAGGUCUACCAGAUCCAGAUGCUGCCUCACCCCGGCACCUCCAACAUGACCAGCAUUUACUUCCAGCUCCAAGGCAACACGACGUGGACCCACUGGCCCGAACUGAUGGCGGGGCCAGACGUGCCCCGAUACUCAGGGCUCAACCCUGGGUCCCUGAGGCCCGUGACCGGCCCGCCUGGGCCCAGGGUCGUCAGGGUCGAAGAGGUCAGCCUCAUCGUGCUCGUGUUGGCUCUUUGGAUGGUCGCCAUCUUGCUUUUUGUUCACAGAUGGGGCAAGAUCCGGAUGCUGGAGCCAUACCAGCCCGAGUACAAACCCAUCACGGAGCCCGGUACCCCGCCAGGGUCCACGCUCACUGGCCCCAUCAUCGGACCGUGCGGCCACUACUCGGUGGCCACCUCCACCUACCGGGGGCCUCCGAGGAAAAGUUCAUCUCUUUGCUUCACGCCUUCUAUGUUCCAAACUUUGCCGAGCUACAGAGGCCGCCUCACACACCAGCAGUCGACCACGUCCCGCCACAGUCUCCCCGCCAGCGCCCGCCACGCCGCCCGUCGCCGAGCCUUCAAGAUGCGUUCAGAUUCUUUAUCUCAUCAGGUGAUGAGACCUCACCACCACCAUCACCAUCACCUGCAUCACUACCACCCCUUCUGCAGGAAAGCCAGGAGUGCUGAGAACCUGCGCAACUGCAGGAUGAGCUUCAAUCAAAGUUUCGAGGAACCGUUCGAGAUCAGGACGGCAGGGAGCAGCUGUAGUCCCUACGCCUACACCGCCGGCAUCAAGCCGCCCUACCGCCGGAGCGCGAGCGUCGCGGACUCCGACAACCUCGCCGCGUCAUCCGGCGCGCCGCUACACAAGCCUGCGGGCGGCGCGAAGACAAAGUGGAGUCGCUGUGUCAACUCCAGCUUGGAAAACUGCAGAGGAGCUUCCCUGCCAAUCACUUCGCAUGAACAGAAAAAUACACAUGUGCUUGAAACUGGUGUGCGUGGGAAGAGCCUCGACAGCGCCAGCACCACAAGCGCGCGACGCCUCGCCGACGGCCGCGUGACGCCGGAGCUGCGCGUGUCGCCCCCUCCUCCGUCUCCGAACGAACCAACGUCUCCGCGACCAAGAUCCGCCAACGUCUACUUUAACUACAUGUCCAAGUACAAGAACCAGUCUUUAGAUUACCCGUCUUCGUACUCGAGUGUCUACAACAGCCCGUCUUCUUCAUCCGGCAGUAUGCCUUACUUGAACAAAUUCAGCAGCUCUCCGCAAACAAGCGUACCGCUGUCUUACCCCAACAAAUUCACCUCUUCAUCUUCUCCCUCUAACAGCCCGAAGGAAGCCAAGAUUGGGCGGUCGUCCGGUAUUGCACCGGGCCGACAAUUCGGCUUGCAGCGCCAAGAACCAAUUGAGGAGACGUUCUUUCCGCCUCACUACCCAACGCUAGUCGAGGAACAGGAAGAGGAUUCCAUGCUCGGAAGUUCCGAUAAAGAAGCGCUUCAAUGCACCGCUUCACAACCCGUAGGCAAUACUGUUGAUGAGAACUCGAGUGCUCAAGCGGAGGCUGACGUUACUAAAUAUAAGAAUAUUAAAACUGAUAUCAAAAUGUGUCGGUACCCAGGGCAACUCCCGAGCUUGGAAGAGACCUCCUCUACCGAGAUAAAGCCUCCGUCAAAUCCUACAGAAUCUGUUGAUGUGACAGCGUCCGACGCUCUAUUUUCUGUGGCGUCAUCGGAGUCUUUCCAAAGUGAUUCUGGUCCUUCAGAAUCACCGCAAUCUCCAUCCACGAAAGCCUACGACGCGGCUAAAGCCGCCAACUCUGAUGUGUCCAGCCAAAGUUACGUCAUAACUUCACAACUUAUCGAAGGUUCGACGCGAGAUACACAAGUUUGAAAAUGUGCUCUGGAACAUUAGCCUCGAGAGCAAUGUUAACUUUUAUGCGCUGAAUAUAUACUUUUUAAUGUCAUUGUUGCGGCGGUGAAUGGCAAUGUUAUAAGGAGUUCAAACUUCCUCAACUAACCCUAAGUAUCAUAAUGCAGUAUCGAUUGAAUUUGUACGAAUUUUAUAACAUUAAAUUUUGCUCUUUGGUGCUCAUCCACGUUUAGUGAAGUGUUUAAUUAAU